AUGUCUGUAUGGAUAUUUUUCGUUGUGGGGAUAUUCCUCGGUGUUUCGCCUUUGGAAGCCACUUCCGAUUGGCAGUCUUAUUGGCACUUGAGAAAGCAAAUUAUUGCUCCUCUGCGUCCGUUGAAAUUGAAGGUUUCCCAAUUGGAGAAGCAACCGCGUCGAUUUCCCUCGCCGGGAGGGGAUCCGGGACGCACUCUCGGUCUGCCUUACGUGGCCCUCGAGUUGACAUGGGUUCGUCCACCGGAAUUCGCAAACACGGAGGGCGUGCUCAACUAUCAGGUCAGCGCAAGACCCGUCGUGUUACCGCUGGUAGCAACGGAAGCUCGUGUACCAGAGAGUGGUGAAUAUGCCUCCGUGUUAGCCGCAAAACGCGUCGGCGCUUGGGUCGAAGGAACUAGAAUUCUGGCGAAUGUGUCAACUGAGUCAUUUUCUUCCACAGAAGGCGACGAUUUCGGUUUUGGCAUCACCUACGAAUUCCAAGUGGCCGUGGUCAAUUCAACCAUGAACGGAAUCGUGGAGCGAAUCAACGUCACUACGCCAGAAAGCCAUCCGUCCAGUUUUCCCUUGAAACUGCGGGUGCGUGGAAUUAGUCCAAAUGAGGUUGAAGUAACCUGGGAACCGCCGGCUUUACACACACGAAAUGGACGUCUCACCAGCUACCAAGUACGCUACUACGAAGAUGGCGCAGAGAGUGAGACUGAACAACUGUUUGACGUGCUUGUGCCGGAGCAGUUGAAGUACACGGCUAGGGAUCUCAAAACGCAGACCUACUAUCACUUUAUGGUGAGGGCUUUCACAAACAGUGGUCCCGGACCGUGGACACGAUCAAACACCUUCCAGACAACUGGUGAAAGACCUCCACCGCCAGUCGAUGUGCAAGCGAUCCGCAUCAAUCAACACCAAAUCAAGGUGACCUGGCGAAUGCCCGAGGUCGUCGAUGCCUCAACCACUCGACUCUCCUCCUCCUCUUAUUCUCGCGCCAACUACCGUCACGCCGCAAUCCAGGGAUUUCAGAUCCUCUACGCUCCGAAUGAUGGUCCCUACGACUCAUCUGGAUGGACCACAUAUGAGGUGGGGCCCUUCCAGAUGGCCAUCAUUUCCCAUCUCCAGAGCAAGUCACCCUACAUUAUCCGAGUUAAAUCCAAAGGUCCUGAUGGUCGCUAUGGCGAGUGGAGUGAUCCACCCGCUGUCGCUCGAUCCACCAUGGCUACAUGGGGCACCGAUUACUCCGUGCGGGGUCUCCUGUGCAUUCCUGGGCUCACGAGCGCGAAGAUCACUUGGCAACGGCCUGAAAACACGAAAGGACUCAUUGGUUUCAAUAUACGAGCAUCUGGUUCAAAGGAAUAUGCCGACGAGUCUGGUGUUAUGCGACGACAAACAUUCGAUCCAAGAAGUGCUCGACAGGCCCACUUCGACGCUCAGGACGGCUACGACUAUGUUGUCAAGGAUCUGGAGCCGAAUACAAUCUACGACAUCCAAGUCAAUGCCUAUUAUGAGACUGGCAUGAAUCUCGAGAGCAAUUGGGAGACCACAAGUUGUCACACCGAAAUGCAAAAACCAGAGAAGGUCGCUCCUCCCCUACCCAUUUCAGCCUUAGAGGAUCGGAAGCAGGUCAAUAUGAAGGUGUUUCGAGUUAGUGAACGACUGGGUAAAAUUCGUCAGUACUACAUAAUGGUUAGCCCAUGGCAUCUCACAACCGCUCCGCUGGAUAUGCUUCUAGUUGAUGAGAUAAUUGCGUCUUCACGGAAGUUGCCAUCUACAAAAACACGCUACAUUGCGGCCCGCUUUACACAGGAUUACUUUGAACCCGCGGGAACGAGUUCUCGAGACUUUAUUCUGGGUGGAAGCAAUGGAAUCACCUCUCCCACCCUUGCUCCACCACCACCGCCACCACCGUUUGCGCAGCGUAGACGUCGCAGUCCCGCGGUGGUGCGGGGCAAAGUCUACUCAGCAAACUCGCAACAAAGUUGGCUCCUCAAUGAUGCCGGCUCGGUGGAUGAGGCGUCGGCUGCAGCUGCUGCCUAUUUGGACGCUGCUGUUGUAUUUGACAACAAGCCACUCGAAGCUGGACAGGUCUACUGUGCUCUAGUGCUAGCAUGCACCUUCCAAGGCAACGGAUCGACAAUGGACGGUUUUGGAACGUGUACAGCCUCGCCGUGGUCACCUCCAUUUGCGACAGAUCCCUACCUUCCAGCCCUUUUGGAAUUAAGGGCUCCCUCGGGUCACAUAUCACCCACCGUGGGCUCCACAAGUGAUGGCGCCUUGGCAUUUGGCUCAACUGACCUCUACACUGUGUCAGUUGUUGCUGUCAUCCUUGGGGCUGCAGUGGUCACCACGAUUUGCACCGUCUUGGUUUGCAUUUUUAGACGUCGUCGGAAGCCCAAGCUCUUGGCGCGGCCGACCAAUCUGGAUCAGAGUCUGAAGCAGCCUCUGAUGAAUGUGGCUGACGGUGUGGCGUCUUCGCAGGCACCAGCCGGAGCCUUUUACAACUGCGCUCCACCAAUCACGGGAACAAUUUGUGCCAACAAUGGGGCGCUUUCGAUGUCUCCACCUGGUUACACACAGCUCAUUGGGAUGCCUCCAACUUGUGUGACCUAUCAUAAUGCCACUCAGGAUCCCACAGCCUCCACGCAUGUCAACAGUUUUCCACGGAGUAGUUAUCCCUAUCGCUCCGACUCGUCCUCGGGCCUGUCUGGUGGCGGCGGUGGUGGUAGCGGCACUCGACCACCCAUGGGAGCUCUCUUUCCCUCCGUGAGCGAGGACAACAAAGGCGAUCUGAUGGACGGAAGCAGCGUCUCUUGCAGCGUCUAUCCCACCUCCCCACGUCUCAACGGGGGUCUCUCACGACUGGGAGGCGGUGGUCCCUACAACACCUUCAAUCGUCACAUGCUAGCCUCGAAAAUCGCAUCUCUUGGCGAUGGCUCCAGCCGAGGUCUCUUCGCCAAUGAUGCUGCCACUGCGGAGGAUGCCAACAGUGUGGAACUGCAGCACCUCUUUUAUGGAAACAAUUCACAUUCUUCCCAACGACCCAUUCCUGCUGCCUAUUUGGCGGAGCACAUCGUAAAGCUGAGUGCCGAUGAUAAUCGGCUAUUCUCGCAGGAAUACGAGUCCAUCGAUCCGGGCCACCAGUUCACCUGGGAGAACUCCAACUUGGAGGUCAACAAGGCGAAGAAUCGAUAUGCCAAUGUCGUGGCCUACGAUCACUCGCGGGUCAUUCUGCGAGCUCUCGAAGGCGUUCCCGGUUCGGACUACAUAAAUGCGAAUUACAUCGAUGGGUAUAAAAAGCCCAACUGUUAUAUUGCCACACAGGGACCCUUGCCAGAGACCUACUCGGAUUUCUGGCGCAUGAUCUGGGAGCAACGUGUGUCCAUCAUCGUAAUGAUGACCCGUCUGGAGGAGCGAGCUCGCAUCAAGUGUGAUCAGUACUGGCCGUCACGAGGACCUGAGACCUACGCUAAUGGCGCGAUCACGGUUGUUCCAUUGCCGAGUCCAGAGGGCAUGAUUGAACUGGCCUACUUCACCAUCCGUCGUUUUACCAUUGCCCACUGCAGCGGUAACGAGGUGAGGGAGGUCACUCACCUCCAAUUCACCAGCUGGCCCGACCAUGGAGUGCCCGAGAGUCCACCCAUCCCGUUGCUCCUUUUCAUGCGACGAAUUCGACGCGCUGUCUCCACGCAGGGCAGUCGAGGGGAGUCGGUGUCACUCAUCCCAGGGGCACUGAUUGCCUUGGGCAUUAUGCACGAUCAAAUGAAGUACGAAAACGCGGUGGACGUUCUCGGUUGCGUGACAGCGCUAAGGGCGCAACGAAACUUCAUGGUUCAAACGGAAGAGCAGUACAUCUUUGUGUAUGAUGCUCUUCUGGAAAUGGCCGAGGGUGGCUACACUGAAGUGCCGGCCAGAGGUCUCUGUGCUCAGUACAACUCCCUCCUACAACCUGAUGGCAUGGGCUACUGUGGAUUUGAUAUUGAAUUCAAGAACCGUUACUUUGAAGUUCUGCCCUAUGAGAAAUCGCGGGUUGCUCUAACACCGCUACGAGGUGUUGACGGCUCAGACUACAUAAAUGCCAGCUUUGUCGACAGCUAUCGGGCACGCAGAGCGUAUAUCGCCACACAGGGGCCGAUGGCUGAAACCCUGGAAGAUUUCUGGCGUAUGUGUUGGGAGCACAAUUCCGCCAUCAUUGUGAUGAUCAGUCAAGCGACGGAGCAGGGCAAAGAGCAUUCUUAUCCCUAUUGGCCAUCGAAACGAUCUGCCAGGUAUCAGAAUUUCGUAAUCGACCCAAUGGUGGAGUAUAACAUGCCCACAUACACACUGAGAGAGUUCAAGGUGACAGAUACGAGGGACGGCAUCUCUCGUACUGUACGUCAAUUCCAGUACACUGAAUGGCCAGAGAUCGGUGUGCCUAGCAAUUGUGAAGCAUUUACAAAUUUCAUUACUCAAAUACACAAGACAAAGGAUCAAUUUGGACAGGAUGGUCCCAUUACUGUUCAUUGCAGUUGCGGAUCGGGGCGAACUGGUGUGUUUAUACUCCUCUCGAUUGUUCUCGAUCGUCUUCGAUGCGAGGGCGUGGUGGACAUUCUGCAGACCGUACGUCUUCUGCGAACUCAGCGUCCUGGAAUGAUUCAGUCACCGGAUCAGUUGCAGUUCUGCUACAAGGCCGUGCUUGAAUAUAUAUCAUCAUAUGUACGAUAA